AUGUCUUCAGGCUCAAGCGCCACACCCGCCCCGCCAGACUCACAAAUCGACACCUCAGUCGCCCUCAGCUACUGGAACUCCUGCGACCCCUCGGUAACAGGCAUGCUAGGCGGUUUCCCCCAGGUCUCGCGCAUCGACCUCCAACAAUCCACCACUUUUCUCGCAAAACUGCGCCGCACCUCCAAACUCCACCCAACCUCAAAUCCUCUUUCCCGCAUCGUCGAUUGCGGCGCUGGAAUCGGUCGCAUCACGUUGGGCUUGCUGUCCAAAGUCUCUGAAGUCACGGAUAUCGUUGAGCCGGUGCAAAAAUUCACAAGGCAGAUUUCAGAAGGAGAUGACUUCAAGGCAUUGAGGGAGGCGGGCAAGAUUGGUGACAUCUACAAUGUAGGCCUUGAAGCCUGGGAGCCCAAACACACCUACGAUAUCAUCUGGAUCCAAUGGUGUUUGGGUCAAUGUACGGAUACACAGGUCAAUGCCCUCUUCACUCGCGCACAGAAACAUCUGUCACCCGGAGGUUGGAUUGUGCUCAAGGAAAAUCUGUCGAAUCAUCAGUUUGGGGAGGAUGUUUACGAUGAGACGGAUUCGAGUGUUACGAGGACAGACGACAAGUUUAGGCUCUUGUUCAAGGAGGCCGGUCUGAAGAUUGUUGCGACGGAACUGCAGAGAGGGUUUCCUAAGGACUUGUAUCCGGUGAGGAUCUAUGCUGCGCAGCCUAAUGCUUGA